CUAGGGGGCGAUAGAGACUUUUAAUUGCACAUCAACACUGCAAGCGCAUUUGUAUCUUUUGCGCUUAUUAUUUGGAAUAUACACCGGAAAGUCAGGUUAAUACGUAAUGGCAGCUGUUGAGGCUCGUAGAGUUAUUAUUUAUGGAGGGAAAGGAGCUCUGGGCUCGAAAUGUGUUGAGUAUUUCAGAUCUAAAAACUGGUGGGUUGCCUGCAUUGACCUCAAUGCAAAUGAAGAGGCUGAUUCCAACAUAACUGUUCAGAUGACAGACUCCUUUAACGAGCAAGCUAACAAAGUUACAACAGACAUAGGUGAGCUGCUGGGAGAUAAAAAGGUUGAUGCCAUUUUGUGCGUGGCUGGAGGCUGGGCAGGAGGAAGUGCGAAGGCCAAAACCUUGUAUAAGAACUCUGACUUGACUUGGAAGCAGAGUGUGUGGACAUCCACCAUUUCCAGUCACCUAGCAACCAAACACUUGAAAGAGGGGGGACUUCUCACACUGACAGGAGCCAAAGCUGCACUUGGGCCGACCCCAGGAAUGAUUGGCUACGGCAUGGCUAAGGCUGCGGUACAUCAGCUGUGUCAGAGUCUGGGUGGCGACAAGAGUGGUCUUCCUGCUGGAGCUGCCGCCGUAGCCAUCCUGCCAGUUACCUUGGAUACACCCAUGAAUAGGCGAUUCAUGCCAGAUGCUGAUGUCACUACCUGGACACCACUGGAGUAUGUAGCCGAGUUGUUGCACAAGUGGGCAGUGGGAGAGGGAAGACCAACAUCGGGCACUCUGGUGCAGCUCGUUACCACAAACGGCAAAACGGAGGCAACACCUGUUUAACCCUGUGUGUGUGUGUGUGUAAAGUGCUGUCUGUGUAAUGUUGACCAUGCUGAUGAAAUAAAAGUAAAAAGAACAAGUGAUUAUGUAGAUUUCUUUGAAACCGUCUUCAGAUCAAUCCAGCAAUAAUUGUUUAAUCCAUUAUACUCGCACCCAUGGAAGAAAAUAGAAAAAAUACAAUUUGCAGGUCUUAAAAAUUCUCCAAUUUUCAAAAGUGAGUAUAAUUUUUGUUACGUAAGGAAAUGUGCCACUAAUAGGUCGUACCGUAUACUACAAUACAUUUGUAGGUCUCAUUUUUGUUGAGACCUAGAGUACAAAAUUUCUGUCUAAGGUGCUGUUUUGUAAUUCAGUCUUGUGAUAAUGCA